CUACCUAUCGUUUGCAGCACUCGCGAGCAUGGUCUGUCUUCGUUUAACUUUCAGUGAACGACACGAACGAAAUAAUCUCACGAGUGUUGCGAAUGUCAAGUGGAACGUGCUUCUAGUGAACUUGCCAUACGCUGUGGCGCGGAGAAGGAGAGAGGGAGAAAACGAGAGAGCGAGAGAGAGGGCCAACGAACGUCGCUUAUUGGUCGAGGUCGCGCGGUGGGGAGAUGAGCGUCGCGCGAUGGUGGGGGAAGCGACGUAAGGAGCAGUGCGCCAUAUCGUCGCCGGCCAGUUGCGCAGGAGCACUCGUGGGUAGCGCGCGAGCGCGGGUGAAGGUAAAUUUUUCUCCCCCUUUUCCCUCCGAUAAGAUGAACGGCGCGCGAUAACUCGUCAGUUCGUGUUCCGUGUACGGGGUGCAUUUGGUCGCGCGAUGCGAUGCGCCGUGUGAGCGCCGGUUUUGUGAUCGCGAGAGAGACGACGACGACGACAACGGCGUGCCGCCCGAUGCCGGCGGAGGACGAUCAUUAAAGUCCCGUGUGUCCUGUCCGACGUUUGCCGCCUGACGUGGAUUACUUGAAGAGAGCGGUCGACAAGUGCGAGGGAGAGAUACGCGUGGAGAAGUGCGAGAGAACGGCGGACGACACGGUGGCGGAGUGGCAGGUCUGAUAAUACGGCGAUGGAUGGACUGGCGAGAGGAUUCUGAGAGUUCGUAGCGAUACAUCACGUCGCAGGCCAUCCGGGCCGAGUUUCACCGGACGAUGGAGGUUUGUCCUGCAAAUGGAUCCAGGAUAGAAGGUGCGUAGGACCCGCGCAGAGAUCAGGAACGAGAUCCAGGAUGGGGAAGUGUUGCAGUAAACGGCAAGAGCCUCAACCAAUCGGUUAUAAGAAGGCAGAGACGGGACUCAGCUCAAAGCACAGCAAUGGAGGUUCCUUGGACCGAUACACCGCCGACCCAAAUCAGAGAGGCGUGCAAGCUCGGGCGGAUAUCAUCCGACCGAGGCCGACACCCUGUAAGCUACAGAUAUCGCAUCAACAACCCCGUAAAACGAAUCCGCCUGUUAAAUCUGCAUCACACUCACAAAGAACCAACAAGAUCGUGGUGGCCCUGUACAAUUACACGGCGCGGGAAAGCACCGACGUUAGUUUUAUGAAAGGUGACCGAAUGGAGGUCCUCGAUGAUUCCGAACCAGACUGGUGGAGAGUAUUGCACUUGACGACCCUACAGGAAGGCCUGAUUCCUUGGAACUUUGUGGCUGUCGAGCGGUCGGUCGAGAGCGAAGACUGGUUUUUCGAAAAUGUGUCGCGCAAGGAGGCGGGCAAGCUGCUGCUGGUCGACGAGAAUCCUCGCGGUACGUUCUUGGUGAGGCCGAGCGAGCACAAUCCCCGGGGUUACAGUUUGUCGGUAAAGGACUGGGAGGAAGGAAGGGGCCAUCACGUGAAACAUUAUAAGAUUAAGCCGCUCGACAAUGGCGGCUUCUUUAUCGCCACCAAUCAAACCUUCUCCAGCUUACCGGCUCUCGUUAUGGCAUACAGCAAAAACGCAUUGGGUCUUUGUCACGUACUGUCGAAACCCUGUCCGAAACCACAGCCGGACAUGUGGGAUCUCGGACCCGAGUUACGAGACAAAUGGGAGAUCAACAGGAACGAGAUACAGCUGAUCUCGGAACUGGGUAACGGCAAUUUUGGCAAGGUUUAUUACGGCAAGUGGCGAAACAAGAUCGAAGUGGCAGUGAAGACAUUACGUCCGGGGACUAUGUCGACCGAGGCGUUUUUGCAAGAGGCUGCCAUAAUGAAGCAGUUCCGACAUAGGCACCUGGUCGCGUUGUACGCGGUCUGCUCAAAGGAGGAGCCCAUCUACAUCGUGCAGGAAUACAUGUGCAACGGUAGCUUAUUGGAUUUCCUUCGAAAAGGAGACGGCAAGUACAUGCAGUUUGAGGAUUUGAUAUACAUCGCGGCUCAGGUGGCCUCCGGUAUGGAGUAUCUUGAGAGCAAGCAGCUCAUACACAGGGAUCUCGCGGCGAGAAACGUGCUGAUCGGCGAGAAAAACAAGGCAAAGAUUUGCGACUUUGGUCUCGCCAGGGUGAUCGAGGACGACGAGUACUGUCCUAAACAAGGUAGUAGAUUCCCCGUCAAGUGGACCGCGCCAGAAGCCAUUGUCUACGGUAGGUUCAGCAUCAAGAGCGAUGUCUGGUCGUACGGAAUCUUGCUGAUGGAGCUUUUCACUUACGGACAAGUUCCUUAUCCCGGUAUGCACGGCCGCGAAGUGAUCGAGCAAGUGGACAAGGGCUACCGUAUGCCGAAACCAUUAAACCAUCCGCUACCUGACAGCAUCUAUCGAUUGAUGCUACAGUGCUGGGAUGCCAGUCCUGAGAAACGACCCACGUUCGAGUUCCUCAAUCACUAUUUCGAAUCGUUUAAUGUCACUAGCGAAAUACCGUAUCUCGAACCGCCGACGGACUGAUAUACAGCCCAUCAAUAUAUGCAAAACCAUCUACCGCCGCACGGUCACUUUCAUCCAGCCCACAUCAAUUGUGCCAUGGAAUUUUAUGGUAUUUACUGCUAAGUAAAUUAUUUAGCGCGUAUCUCGUUGCCCUUACUAAAAACUUCGCGCAUUGGCUGUAUCGUUCUCGCAGAGAGAAAAGACUAGUGGGAGAACCUCCCUCGCAAUACCACCCCGCAUCGUUGUCGCGAGUGGCAUUUUUUCGACUGCGAAAUUUUUCUACCGACAGAAUUUUUGCGACCAAUCCUUACGAAAAACAGUGCCGCAAACUCACUAAACUAUCACUGUCAAAUGCUGCCGAAAAUUCGAUCCCCUUCUCUCCUUCCUCCCUUGUCCUUUACGUGUCCUUAGUGUUAACGUUAACACCGAAAACGUCAAAUGGAUUGUAAGUUGAGUAUGCUACGGUAUUUUUGUACCGUUUGCAGGAAUGAAUUGAAGAAAUUAAAGAUUCUAAUCUUUACGACCAAUCAGGCUUUAACCAUAAUACUUAGAAACGAAAAAUGCAAUCUUAAGAUCGCGGGAGCACUGGCGAAACCUGCCCCCUUUUCUUCCUCUCGGAAACCUGCAAUGACUUACUUAAACAUGUUUUCAUACUAUUGACGAUGAGCAACCACAAUAAAGACACUAGCAAUGCCGGUAAAUUUAAACGGUAUUAGAGAGUAACGUGAUAUAUAAGUUUGCAGAUGAAAUUCGAAAUUAUAGAUUAUACAAUAUAAUCGUAUGUUAGUGUGUAUGAUUACGAGAUAUAUAUAGAGUGAAAAAGAGUGUAUGCGCGCGCGCGUGUGUGUAUGUAUUUGCGCGUAUUGUGAACGUGACUUUUCGUACGAGAGUACAUUGUAUUUACAUUUUAUUGAUCUCGGAUCAUCCGAUUCAUCGCGGUUAUAUCCGAAUUUUCCUAAAAUCCAAUUUUUGGAUAUAUAGUCCUCGAGAAAAGUUUUGGUAUUACAUACACAUACUGUUUAUGAUGAAACUCAAUCAUGAGUGCAUAAUUUUCAAUCGAGGGCUGAAUACGCUCUGACAGAUGUAAAAUUAGAUAUAAAGGAUAUCUAUGAAUUUUUCAUGUAGUUUGUCCAUCGAGAGGAACUCGAAAAAAAGAGUAUUUUCAAAUGGAAUGGUUAUUGCACACAGCUGCGCGGAGCUUUAUUUUCGAAACGAUAUUAACGUUCGACGAUUUAUUCCUCCUAAGUGUUAAGAAUCGUGUAUACGAAUUUAUACGUACGCUUGCCUGUUAUUGCUACGCAAUAAUUUCAUUUUGAUUGUAAAAAAUACACGCGAAUCAGCACGAUACGUAUCACUUUGACGAAAGUCUCGAUGUUUUAUUGCAUGAAAACGACUUGUUCGCUUGAGAGUCUCUUCGACAGCGAUUCCCGGUGACAAACACUUUCGAACAUGCACAAAAAAAUGUGUCUGCCAAAAAUUAAUUAGAUCUACUAGCUUUUUACUGAUUUUUUUGGCGCAAUACAUUGAUGCAUUUAAUAUCGUCGUUUCUAAACGUAUAAGUUGUCUCAAGUAUGCACGAAUAUAUGUCUCCGAGCCUGAUUCAAGCAUUCUGCGAAAGCGCAGUAAAUACCUCGCACAAAUUGGCAUUGUUAUUUUUUUUCAUUUCGACAGUCGCUG